AUGUUUACCCAGUAUCUAUUACCAAUCAGACCCCGUUAUGUUGUACCCAGUUCUAUUACCAAUCAGACCUGUUAUGUUGAUACCCAGUAUCUAUUACCAAUCAGACCCUGUUAUGUUGUACCCAGUAUCUAUUACCAAUCAGACCUCUGUUAUGUUGUACCAGUAUCUAUUACCAAUCAGACCCCUGUUAUGUUGUACCCAGUAUCUAUUACCAAUCAGACCCCUGUUAUGUUGUACCCAGUAUCUAUUACCAAUCAGACCCCUGUUAUGUUGUACCCAGUAUCUAUUACCAAUCAGACCUCUGUUAUGUUGUACCCAGUAUCUAUUACCAAUCAGACCCCUGUUAUGUUGUACCAGUAUCUAUUACCAAUCAGACCCUGUUAUGUUGUACCCAGUAUCUAUUACCAAUCAGACCCUGUUAUGUUGUACCCAGUAUCUAUUACCAAUCAGACCCUGUUAUGUUGUACCCAGUAUCUAUUACCAAUCAGACCCUGUUAUGUUGUACCCAGUAUCUAUUACCAAUCAGACCUCUGUUAUGUUGUACCCAGUAUCUAUUACCAAUCAGACCCCUGUUAUGUUGUACCCAGUAUCUAUUACCAAUCAGACCUCUGUUAUGUUGUACCCAGUAUCUAUUACCAAUCAGACCUCUGUUAUGUUGUACCCAGUAUCUAUACCAAUCAGACCCUGUUAUGUUGUACCCAGUAUCUAUUACCAAUCAGACCCUGUUAUGUUGUACCCAGUAUCUAUUACCAAUCAGCCCCUGUUAUGUUGUACCCAGUAUCUAUUACCAAUCAGACCCUGUUAUGUUGUACCAGUAUCUAUUACCAAUCAGACCUUGUUAUGUUGUACCCAGUAUCUAUUACCAAUCAGACCCCUGUUAUGUUGUACCCAGUAUCUAUUACCAAUCAGAUCCCUGUUAUGUUGUACCCAGUAUCUAUUACCAAUCAGACCCUGUUAUGUUGUACCCAGUAUCUAUUACCAAUCAGACCCCUGUUAUGUUGUACCCAGUAUCUAUUACCAAUCAGACCCCUGUUAUGUUGUACCCAGUAUCUAUUACCAAUCAGACCCCUGUUAUGUUGUACCCAGUAUCUAUUACCAAUCAGACCCCUGUUAUGUUGUACCCAGUAUCUAUUACCAAUCAGACCUCUGUUAUGUGUACCCAGUAUCUAUUACCAAUCAGACCCUGUUAUGUUGUACCCAGUAUCUAUUACCAAUCAGACCUCUGUUAUGUUGUACCCAGUAUCUAUUACCAAUCAGACCUCUGUUAUGUUGUACCCAGUAUCUAUUACCAAUCAGACCCUGUUAUGUUGUACCCAGUAUCUAUUACCAAUCAGACCUCUGUUAUGUUGUACCCAGUAUCUAUUACCAAUCAGACCCUGUUAUGUUGUACCCAGUAUCUAUUACCAAUCAGACCUCUGUUAUGUUGUACCCAGUAUCUAUUACCCAAUCAGACCUCUGGUUAUGUUGUACCCAGUAUCUAUUACCAAUCAGACCUCUGUUAUGUUGUACCCAGUAUCUAUUACCAAUCAGACCUCUGUUAUGUUUGUAACCCAGUUAUCUAUUACCAAUCAGAUCCCUGUUAUGUUGUACCCAGUAUCUAUUACCAAUCAGAACCCCUGUUAUGUUGUACCCAGUAUUAUUACCAAUCAGACCUCUGUUAUGUUGUACCCAGUAUAUAUUACCAAUCGACCCCUGUUAUGUUGUACCCAGUAUCUAUUACCAAUCAGACCCCUGUUAUUUUGUACCCAGUAUCUAUUACCAAUCAGACCCCUGUUAUGUUGUACCCAGUAUCUAUUACCAAUCAGACCUUGUAUGUUGUACCCAGUAUCUAUUACCAAUCAGACCUCUGUUAUGUUGUAACCCAGUAUCUAUUACCAAUCAGACACCUGUUAUGUUGUACCCAGUAUAUAUUACCAAUCAGACCCCUGUUAUGUUGUACCCAGUAUCUAUUACCAAUCAGACCCCUGUUAUGUUGUACCCAGUAUCUAUUACCAAUCAGACCCCUGUUAUGUUGUACCCAGUAUCUAUUACCAAUCAGACCCCUGUUCUGUGUUUGAGACCUCCUCUCACCAUAAACCCUGUUAUGUCCUCUCACCAUAGAAAUAACACACUGUCGUCUUAGGAAACAUGGCAACCAGGGACUUCUUCCAGGCCUCCUGUCUGCCUGCCUGCCUGCCUGCCUGGGGUUGGGGAAGACAGGUGUGAGUCAGGAGUUAGAGAGGACAGACUCUGGGGUUUACUGAGCUCAGUAUGGGCUUUGAUUAGUUACCAUGAAUUAACAUCUCAGUGUUGAACAGACUCAACUAUACUGUAUAAAGCCAUAUGCUACAGUAUUGUACAGGCAUCUGACUGCUUACUGUGGUCGAUAAUUAGUCAUUUCAUGUCAAUUAAUUCAGAUACAGCGAUUAAUUUUAUCUGUAAUCUUCAGAUAAUAAUAUUAAUAAUAAUUGUAAUAAUAGUAAUAAUAGUAGUAAUAAUAUCAAUAAUAAUAAUAAUAAUUAGUACUGAUAGUAGUAAUAAUGAUAAUAGUAAUAAUAAUAGUAAUAAUAAUAAUAGUACUGAUAUUAGUAAUAAUUAAAAUAAUAAUAACAGCAAUAAUAAUAAUAGUACUGAUAGUAGUAAUAAUGAUGAUAAUAAUAGUAAUAAUAAUAAUAGUACUGAUAGUAGUAAUAAUGAUAAUAAUAAUAGUAAUACUAAUAGUAGUACUGAUAGUAGUAAUAGUGAUAAUAAUAAUACUAAUAGCAAUAAUAAUAAUAGUACUGAUCGUAGUAAUAAUGACAAUAAUAAUAAUACUGAUAGUAGUAAUAAUGAUGAUAAUAAUAAUAGUACUGAUAGUAGUAAUAAUAAUAAUAAUAGUACUGAUAGUAGGAAUAAUGAUUAUAAUAAUAGUAAUACUACUAAUAAUAGUACUGAUAGUAGUAAUAAUACUGAUAGUAGUAAUAAUGAUGAUAAUAAUAGUAAUAAUAAUAAUAGUACUGAUAGUAGUAAUAAUGAUGCUAGUAGUAAUAAUAAUACUAAUAAUACUGAUAGUAGUAAUAAUGAUAAUGAUAAUAAUAAUAGUAAUAAUAGUCAUGUCCUUUUCCCAGAUACACAAAAAAACACGCUAAAGCCUGUCACAUGCUCCCCAGUCAAAACAGUUUCCACCAUGUUAUGAAAACAUUUUGUGACAUUUUUGUUUGUUUUUGUGUUCGGCAUUAUAACAAAUGCGCUUUCUCCCGCGUUGGAUACGGUCACUGUCUGUGGUUCUGAAACAUAAUCUUCAGUGCUCAUUAGAAUUGGCGCCUUUCCCUAUGUUGCUAUGUGCAUAAUAGAAAUGUUAACCAGCAAAUAGGGAUUGUUAACCAGCAUACAGGAAGCAGUAGCGGAAAUGAGGAAACAGCCUUAAUUGUCUAAGAAAAGUGAGGAGAGAGGAAACCCCAAUUUAAUUAGGUCUAGAAUCAAUAGCCUAACUGUUAAAUAGGCCUGGCUUUAUAAAUCAUCCAUAUAUAUAUACAGAAAUAAGACAGAUCUUGCUUCUGUUGCCUGUUUGAGUGUUUGUUUAAUAUCCUACUGAUUCAGUGAGCACCAAGCCUCACGCAACGGCAAAAUGUUGGAUAAAGCAGUUUUCACAGAUUCAGCUGUUUUUAAUCUCUGCUAUGCUGUAAUAAAAGCUUUUAAAAAAUAACAUGUUAGAACAGAUUGGUAUGACUUAUAAUAUAUUUAGUGUUGUUUACACUGUUCCAAACAGGCAGAAAAAUGAUAUUGGUAAUCUAACAGCACCUGUUUGUCACACAUAAUAUGCACACAGCUCUCACUCCUAUACCCUCCUUUAUCUAGAUCUCCUUCUUAUUGUUAUGAUUACUAUUAUUAUUAUUAUGAUCAUUUUAUUAAAUAGUAAUGUCGUUAUCAUUAGAAGGCUUUGUAUAGCAGCCUUGCAUAACCACCAUGGAGCUGUAGGCCUGAGAGCGCGUCCUGUUUAGUCUUAAUACCGUAACUUAUUUAGGCUUAUAUUUCAAUAUAUAGGCUACUGUAUCUAUCAAUCAAUCAUUCAUUUGUUCAUGCCAUCACACAGCAUACGAGACAUGCUUUGAAAUUCAAUCAAGCGUUUUAGUUUUGAAAUUAAAUAACAGAGGGAGCUUUGAAUAAUUAGACAAAAAAAAUAAAUAAACCGCAAUUCACGAAUGCAAGCUGCUGUAAUAAAGGCUUUAUAUAUAAUUUUUUUCAUUCGAACAGACUCUCUGGUUUAUCUUAUUUAUUUAGUGUUGUUUACACUGUACACAAAUAAUAUUCUUGUAAUCUAACAGCACCUGUUUGGCACACAUAAUACUCAGUUAACGCUUGCUCCUAUACCCUCCUUUUCCAUGAUCUCCAGGAGAGCGAGACAACGUGCGGCAGUCACACAGGCACUCGCUGUCAUCAACAGUGUGACCAUCGGGCUCUUUCUGGAGUUAUUUUGUGUCUUCAUUACUCUCUGUGUACUGUGAGAGAGUUAAAGGGUCCAGGCUCUCUGUGUACUGUGAGAGAGUUACAGGAUCCAGGCUCUCUGUGUAAAGGGUCCAGGCUCUCUGUGUACAGUGAGAGAGUUAACAGGAUCCAGGGCUGUGUACUGUGAGAGAGUUAAAGGGUUCCAGGCUCUCUGUGUAAUGUGAGAGAGUUAAAGGGUCCAGGCUCUCUGUGUACUGUGAGAGAGUUAAAGGGUCCAGGCUCUCUGUGUACUGUGAGAGAGUUAAAGGGUCCAGGCUCUCUGUGUACUGUGAGAGAGUUAAAGGGUCCAGGCUCUCUGUGUACUGUGAGAGAGUUGCAGGUCCAGGGCUAACCUGAAACACUCUUUAAGGGUCCAGAGGUCAACAACAAUUAAAGGCCAAUCCGUAGUUUAACGAAGCAGCAGCAGUGUUUAAACCUUCACCAGAGCAGCCCCGCCCCCCACUUCAUUUUCAGUUGUUGUUUUUAUUAGGUGUGAAGUCUCCCUCUCCUUCUCCGACCCUGGAGGCCUCGGUCCAGAACGUGGAGCUGAAAUUCUGCAGCAGAGCCACGGUGAACUGCGCCGGGGGAACCGUGGGAGCUGUUAAAGUGUGUGCCAGGACCCCAGGUGUGUGCAGCUGUGCCCUGUUAAACUUUACUGCCUGUGUGGAAGAGCCUUACCCCCACACCGUGCCGCGCCUAGACCCUUCUCUUUCACUUUCACUCACUCACAGUCCUCCACUCCUCCCUGGACUUCAGUCCAGAUGUUUAGUUUCUGUGUGUGUCACCGCUGGUCUCAGGGGGCUCUGUCAUUGAGAUCAGGGCUUUUCUCUUUCUCUGAUGUCUGGAACAGAAUGGAUGACUCUCCGCACACUGAUCUCCAUAUCACCACUAUAGCUGACAGACCCAGAACAGUUCAACAGCAGGUCACCCACAGGACUACACUACUUGUAGAAUCAAUUUUCAAUUCACUUUCCCUAGAUCCAGACUGAUGUAGUUACAUUGUCUCUUUGUUCCCGGAUGAAUAAAGUUCUCCUCUCCUUCUCUCCAGGUUCACCAGAGGGAAUAAAGGAGAAGCUGGUUCCUCUGCUGCAGGGUCCAUCUGACACUAAGGAGCUCCACCAGAGUCGCUGGCUCAAUGAGAUCCGUAAACCUGAGUCCCUGCUGUCCCCUGACCUCCUUGCCUUCUCGAUACAGAUACCCCAGCACGGGGACGACUGCCGCAACUCUGGUAGGCCUGACGUCUCUAUACCUAGAGUAGCUAGCUAGUACGGUAGAUGAAACCUCUGGUCUGGUAUACUUAUCAUACCUUAGUCCUUCAGACCAGGUAAGUCAUCUACCUCCUAUCCCACGUCUAGUCCACAAUACUGAAGUCCUCAACAGGUCAUGUCAUCAUUCAGAGUCCUACCCUCCCGUGUGUUUGUCCUGUAAGCUGUUUUCCACUCUGUCUUCAAGUGUUAUUGGAAACAGGAUGACAGUUGACAUUGUUGAAGCUUUACAUGCAGCUGGUGUUCUCUGGACAGUCAUGUCUCACUGUCAGUACGAUGCAGAGCUAACCUCUUUAUGACUAACGUCCAAGGCUGAACUGAAAGGAGUUCCCCUGGCCCUGGACCACAGCUUUCUGCUGCUAUUGUCCUUCAGUGCACGUGUGAUACAGUAAUCAGGGGUGGACUUGGAAGGGGAAACAGAUUUGAAGGGAGAGAUGGAGGUGGAUUGCUACCAUCUCUGGUGGAAUGGAAGGGGCAUGAUGGAUGAAGCCUGUGGGUUGGUGUGACUGAGUCAGUAGGAGCUGUUACUAAGAACUGAGCAGAGUAAGUGACUAGGCCUUGAAGCCCAGAGCUCCCAUGCUGCUUCAGGAGAGAAGUGGAGCAGAGUGUCCGGUAGCCUUUUGGUGCUCUCCUCAGACAGAGCCGGCCAGAGAGAGAGAGCAUUCUGGGAGGUGUCCUGGCUGGAAAAGAGACACCAGCAUUAAAGGGAUCUACUAGUUUCCUCUGGAACUUUAGAAUCUUGUAAAUUCUUCAUCCCCCUCUCAUGAGGUAUCUCAAAGCCCUUCUUUAUACACGACUUUACUAAUCAAAAUAGAGUCCAGUAAGCAGCUCAAAAAUGGAUGUGUGGACAUUCCUUUAUGUCCAGGUGGCUCAGUGUUUUGGACUGUUAUGGACAGUCAUCAUAGAAACAAGCACAUAACAAAGGUUUGCCUUAACUUAUAGGCCCUUGUUUGUCCAGUAGUUCUCACUCUUCCAGACCUGUGGAGACGUUCUGUAUCCUUACUCCAACUCCUUGUUUGUCCAGUAGUUCUCACUCUUCCAGACCUGUGGAGGCGUUCUGUAUCCUUACUCCAACUCCUUGUUUGUCCAGUAGUUCUCACUGUUCCAGACCUGUGGAGAUGUUCUGUAUCCUUACUCCAACUCCUUGUUUGUCCAGUAGUUCUCACUCUUCCAGACCUGUGGAGACGUUCUGUAUCCUUACUCCAACUCCUUGUUUGUCCAGUAGUUCUCACUGUUCCAGACCUGUGGAGACGUUCUGUAUCCUUACUCCAACUCCUUGUUUGUCCAGUAGUUCUCACUGUUCCAGACCUGUGGAAACUUUCUGUAUCCUUACUCCAACUCUGGGGGUAAAACAUUGCCGUAGAGACUGAGAUCUGUGAGUUAUCCAGCCGGCAGCGUUCAUUGUUUGUGUCCUAAUAGGUAGUGACCCCUGGGAGAAGACAUACUGUACCGUUCCCAUAGAGACUAAGCGAUAUCAGUGUCCUCCUAGGGAGUUACUGAAUCUGCAGCGUUGAGUCUCCUCACCCAGUGAGGUCAUGAAUAUCAGUAUGUCAUCACCCUCUCCACGUAUCCCAGUCCCGUCCCCUUCUCCAGCACUGUCAUCCCGGCGUUCCCGACAGCGUUCCUAACCAGAGGAUCUAUCCCCGGGAAUCCUCCCCGCUCCAUAGGAUUCCACCAGCAGAUUGAUGCCUCUGGAAAAAGGCAUCACAUCCUUCUUCACUGAGAGUCUCUAAAACCUUAGGAAGAAAAGAGAGAGGGGGAGAUGUGUCCUAAAUGAUUCCCUAUAUAGUGCACUACUUUUGACCAGAGCCUUAUGGGCCAUAUAUGGGGAAUAAGGAGACAUUUGGGACGCAGGAACGGAGGGAGUCUCCUGUGCACUCUGGGCCGUCUCUCCUGGCUAAGGACACAUACAGGAGAAUCUGAAAAACCACAUGAAAAAUAAUAUCCCUCAAGUAUUAGUCUGUUGUCUUCAGAGCCUGAAUGUACAUCACUUUUAAUACAGGCUGCGGAGAUUCAUCGUGUGGCCUUGACGUAAACUCUAAAGCUGCUCACUGAAUCGUGCCGGGUCCACGGCUCCUAAACGUGUCACUGCUGAAAUGGAGCUCAGAGCUCACUUCAGACCUGACUUGUAGUAAGAGAUCUGUGGCUCUGCCGAGGUUUAAAACGUAGAGGGAUUUGUGAGGUUAACCCGAUCCAGGAAUUCUCCUCUAUCAAAUGCCACUCAGUCAAUCACUGUGUUGUUACAUGUUGUAAAAGAAAAAUGGAUGACUUUCAUUCAUACUAUACACCAGACAAGCAGACUAUACUCGUCAAUAAUGGACAUCUUCAGACUGUACUAGUCAAUAAUGGACAUCUUCAGACUGUACUAGUCAAUACUGGACGUCAUCAGACUGUACUAGUCAAUACUGGACGUCAUCAGACUGUACUAGUCAAUACUGGACGUCAUCAGACUGUACUAGUCAAUACUGGACGUCAUCAGACUGUACUAGUCAAUACUGGACGUCAUCAGACUGUACUAGUCAAUACUGGACGUCAUCAGACUGUACUAGUCGAUACUGGACGUCAUCAGACUGUACUAGUCGAUACUGGACGUCAUCAGACUGUACUAGUCAAUACUGGACGUCAUCAGACUGUACUAGUCAAUACUGGACGUCAUCAGACUGUACUAGUCAAUACUGGACGUCAUCAGACUGUACUAGUCAAUACUGGACGUCAUCAGACUGUACUAGUCAAUACUGGACGUCAUCAGACUGUACUAGUCAAUACUGGACGUCAUCAGACUGUACUAGUUCAAUACUGGACGUCAUCAGACUGUACUAGUCAAUACUGGACGUCAUCAGACUGUACUAGUCAAUACUGGACGUCAUCCAGACUGUACUAGUCAAUACUGGACGUCAUCAGACUGUACUAGUCAAUACUGGACGUCAUCAGACUGUAUAGUCAAUACUGGAUUCAACAUAGAAUACUGGACGUCAUCAGACUGUACUAGUCAAUACUGGACGUCAUCAGACUGUACUAGUCAAUACUGGACGUCAUCAGACUGUUACUAGUCAAUACUGGACGUCAUCAGACUGUACUAGUCAAUACUGGACGUCAUCAGACUGUACUAGUCAAUACUGGACGUCAUCAGACUGUACUAGUCAAUACUGGACGUCAUCAGACUGUACUAGUCAAUACUGGACGUCAUCAGACUGUACUAGUCAAUACUGGACGUCAUCAGACUGUACUAGUCAAUACUGGACGUCAUCAGACUGUACUAGUCAAUACUGGACGUCAUCAGAUGUACUAGUCAAUACUGGACGAUCGAAUGACUGAGUCAUAUGGAUCAUAGCUUACUGAACGUCGAUACUGGAGCAUCAGACGUACUACUUUAUACUGGAACGUAUCAGACUUACUAGUCCAUACUGGGUCAUCGACGUAUAGUCAUACUGACGUAUAGACUGUAUAGUCAUAUGGAAGUCACGAUGUACUAGUAAUACUGACGUCUCAGACUGUAUAGUCAUAUGGAGUCUCAGACUGCACUAGUAUACGGACGUCUCAGACGUACUAGUCAUACGGACGUCAUCAGACUUAAGUCAAUAUAGUAGGUCUAGCAUAAAUGAGGAGAAGGGAGAGUCAUUGAUCAAUAUUUUCUGACGUUGUAAUGAUCAGAGUAUACAUUAAGGAACAGUAUUCGCAUGAUUUGGUAGUUAUUUUGGAAAACCUCAUAAAGCUACUAUUUUCAUAGAACCUAUAACCCAAAGAAGAAGUACCAGGGAGCAAGGAAUGGCUCAAAGCAACCCUUGCCUAAUCCAUCCUCUAAUCUAACUAUAAACCCCAUGCCUAAUCCAUCCUCUAAAUCUAACUAUAACCCCCUGCCUUAAUCCCAUCCUCUAAUCUAAACUAUAACCCCAUGCAAUCCCUCCUCUAAAUAAACAUAACCCCCUGCUAAUCCCAUCCUCUAAAUAUAACAUAACCCCCUGCAUAAUCCCAUUCCUUCUAAUAUGAACUAUACCCCAUUGCCUAAUCACAUCCUCUAAAUUAUAACUAUACCCACCCUGCCUAAUUCCCAUCCUCUAAUAUAACAUAACCCCUGCCUAAUCAACAUCUCUAAAUCUAAAUAACCCCUGCCUAAUAACAUUCCUCUAAAUAUAAUAUAACCCCAUGCCUAAUCCCAUUCCUCUAAAUAUAAACUAUAACCCCCUGCCUAAUCCCAUCCUUAAAUAUAACUAUAACCCCCUGCCUAAUCCAUCCUAUAAAAUAUAACUAUAACCCCACUGCCCUAAUCCCAUCCUCUAAAUAUAACCUAUAACCCCCUGCCUAAUCACCUCAUCGAAAUAUAAACUAUUAACCCUGCCUAAUCACAUCCUCUUACAUAAAACUAUAACCCCCUGCCUAAUUCAAAUCCUCUAAAUAUAAUAUCAACCCCUGCCUAAUCCCAUCCUCUAAAUAUAACUAUAACCCCAUGCCUAAUCACAUCCUUAAAUAUAAAUAUAAAACCCCUGCCUAAAUCCCAUCCUUGCUAAUGAUAAACCCCCGGCCUAAUCACAUCUCAAAUAUAACUAUAACCCCUGCCUAAUACCAUCCUAUAAAUCUAACUAACCCUCCCUUUCAUUCACAUACAGCCAUUAGAGUUAUUUGUUUAGGAAUAAACCAGUGCAGCCAGAAGACGCUGUAUUCCCUAGGGGAGCAGGUCUAGAUGAAGGCUGCAGCAGUCUGGAACCAGGCUCAGCAACACGAUGACACCGUGGUCCCGUGGCCCACUCUGCUCUCUAAAGAGGAGCGUUUGAAGUUGUAUGUCUCUCUGCACAACCAUGAUCCAUCACAGCAGAUGGAGGAAGGAAAGGCUAGAGGAGAAGGGGUAAGAGAGAGAUGAGGGAGGGAGAGAGAGGAGAGAAGAGAAGAAGGGAGGAGAAGAAGGAGGAGGAGAGAGAGAGAGAGAGGGAGGAGAAGGGAGGAGGAGGAGGAGGAGGAGGUAGAGGAGGAGGAGAGGAAAAGACGGUAAGGGAGAGUAGGAGAGGGAGGAGGAGGUGGUUAUAGAGAGAGAGAGAGAGGAGGAGGAGUAGGAGAAGAGUGAGAGGACCUCGGUAGAGAGAGGAGGACGAAAGGAGGAGAGGAGAGGGACAAGGAGGAGCGAGGGGAUAUGAGAGAGAGGAGGCAGGGAGGGAGGAGAAGCGAAGACAGGAGGCAGUAGGAGAGGGGAGGAGAAGGAGGAGUACGAUAGAGAGAGGGAGGAGGAGGAAGGGAAGGAGAAGGAGGGAGAGGGAGGAGACAGGAGAAGUUAGAGAGAGGGAGGAGGAGGAGGAGGAGGUAGUGGGAGGGUGGGAGGAGGUGAGAGGCGAGGAGCGAGGAGAAGUGAGAGAGGGAGGAGAAGGAGGGGCGAGAGGAGGGGGAGGAGGUCGGGGUGUAGAGAGGGAGGAGGAGGAGGAGCGGAGAGAGGAGAUGGAGGAGGAAUGCGGAGGAGGAGGAGGGAGGAGGAGGAGAGGGAGGAGGAAAGGAGGAGGAGGAAAAUAGAGGUCGGGGUGAUCUUGAUUGUAUGACUCCAAACCUGCCUGGAUUUCCUAAUUACUUAUGAUCCUGGAAGGCAUCCGGAGAGAGACUGUUCCAUAAUAUGAACUGGUUCCCGCCAGAUACGAAAGUGUGUUAAACCCCCCAAACGUACCACCAAGGCUGCUUCAUUAAAUCAAAUAUUAUCCCUGCUAUAUCAUUACAUCCCAUGGUACCAUCUGAAAUUACUUUCCAUUCAUUUCGUCCGUGAAAUUCGUCAGUGAACAAAUACUUUUCCUGUGCUACAAUGCUCCUUGUAGACACCCACAGUUAUAGUCAGACGAUUCAGGCCAGGAGAAACUUCCUCUCUGGACACUAGGCUGGUAGGAAAUGAAUGAACUUGUGUCUCUGUAAGUGGGACUGUGGCAGUUAGUAGAUGAAAAAAUACAAGCCUUUUGGAACAGGUGGCCUUUCAGAGUUUUAUAUGAUUCCUCAGACCGGAAUUCUCUCUCCUCUCGGGUGUCUGGCAUCAUGCGUUUCAUAUCCAAAACCUCCCAAUAUCUAUUACCAAUCAGACCUCGGUUUAUGUUUUACCCAGUAUCUAUUACCAAUCAGACCUCUGUUAUGUUUGGAACCCAGUAUAUAUUACCAAUCAGACCCCUGUUUAUGUUUGUACCCAGUAUCUAUACCAAUCAGACCUUGUUAUGUUGUACCCAGUAUCUAUACCAAUCAGACCCCUGGUUAUGUUGUACCCAGUAUUAUUACAAUCAGCCGCUGUUAUGUUGUACCCCAGUAUUAUUACCAAUCAGACCCUUCUGUUAUGUUUGUACCCAGUAUAUAUUACCAAUCAGACCCCUGUUAUGUUGAUACCCAGACAUUACAAUUCAGACUCUGUUAUGUUUGUACCAGUAAUCAUUACCCAAUCCAGACCCCUGUGAUGUUUGUAACCAGUAUCUAUUACCAAGCAGGACCUCUGUUAUGUUUUGGACCCAGUAUCUAUUACCAAUCAGGACCUCUGUUAUGUUCUUUUUUUCCUCUUGUACCCAGUAUCUCAUUACCAAUAGAACCUUGUUAUGUUUUUACCAAGUAUCUAUUACCACCAGAACCCCUGUUAGGGUGUACCCAGUAUCUAUUUACCAAUCAGACCCCGGUGAUGUUUGUACCAGAGUUCUAUUACCAAUCAGACCUCUGUUUAGGUUGUACCCAGUAUAUAUUACCAAUCGACCUCUGUUAGUUGUACACCAGUAUUAGUUGGUACCAAUCAGGACCCCUGUAUGUUGUACCCCAGUAUCUAUUACCAAUCAGACCUCUUUUGUUUGUACCCAGUAUCUAUUACCAAUCAGAACCCUGUUAUGUUGUAUGUACCCUAGAUCUAUUACCAAUCAGGACCUCUGUUAUGUUUGUACCCAGUCUUAUAUUACCAACGAACCCUGUUAGUUGGACCCAGUAUUCUAUUACCAAUCAGACCUACUGUUAUGUUGACCCAGUAUCUAUACCAAUCAGCCCCAUGUAUGUUGUACCCAGUAUCUAUUACCAAUAA